AUGGACAUUCCAGCCAAGCCAGUGACGGUCAAAGUGCUUGACCACGUGUACAGGAUCUACGUUCAGUAUCAUCAACUCCGGAACAUCACUUUCGUCUUAUUGGACGCCCCCGUGUUUCGACGACAGACAAAAGCAGAACCAUACCCAGCAAGAAUGGACGAUCUCGACAGUGCCAUAUACUACUCGGCGUGGAAUGCGUGUAUCGCGGAGAUGAUCAGACGAUUUGGACCCGACCUAUACCACAUCAAUGACUAUCAUGGGGCACUGGCACCAUUGUAUCUCUUACCUGCAACGAUACCUGUCAGUCUUUCACUCCACAACGCUGAAUUUCAAGGCAUGUGGCCUCUCCGGACCCGGCAAGAGAUGAAAGAAGUGUCGGAAACAUUCAAUCUCGACGAGAAGAUCAUCAAGAAAUAUGUUCAAUUUGGUGAAGUGUUCAACAUGCUCCAUGCAGCGGCGAGCUACCUUCGUAUCCACCAAGGAGGAUAUGGCGCCGUGGGCGUAUCCGAGAAGUAUGGAGGCCGAUCGUGGGCGAGAUAUCCCAUCUUUUGGGGUCUCUCCAAGAUAGGCUCUCUACCUAACCCGGACCCUACUGAUACUUUGCCUUGGGAUCCGAACAGACCAGUGGCUAAAGAAGUGCCGAUUGAUCUGGCCCAGGAAAGCCAAAGGGGAAUUUUACGAUGUCAAGCGCAAAAGUGGGCAGGGCUCAAUGUUGACCCUGAGGCAGACCUCUUCGUGUUCGUCGGCAGAUGGUCUAUGCAGAAAGGGGUCGAUUUGAUCGCCGACGUGUUCUUCUCCAUUUUAGGACAAUUUCCUAAAACUCAGCUUAUCUGCAUUGGUCCGGUCAUCGAUCUAUAUGGUAAAUUUGCUGCCCUCAAGCUGGAGAAGAUGAUGGCGAAAUACCCUGGCCGUGUCUUCUCAAAGCCAGAAUUCACUACGUUACCGCCCUAUAUAUUUAGUGGCGCCGAGUUCGCACUUAUACCUUCUCGAGAUGAACCAUUCGGCCUGGUUGCCGUGGAGGCAGGGCGGAAUGGCGCGCUUGGGGUGGGCGCCCAGGUUGGAGGACUUGGGAAAAUGCCAGGCUGGUGGUAUACCAUUGAAUCAGCAUCCACACGACAUUUACUGCAGCAAUUCAACGCGGCCAUUAUCGCAGCACUUGGCUCGUCCCGGAAGGUUCGAGCGCAAAUGAGGGCAUACUCCGCCCUACAACGAUUUCCUGUUGCACAAUGGGUUGAGGAUCUUGAGCUGUUGCAACUAAAGUCAAUCAAGAAACACAACAGCCAUCGACGAAAGGUUAAGCCCCAUUCAUGGUCGCAACGCCUUUUCUCGUGGGUCACACUUAGGCCAUCGCCACGCAUCGCCACUCCAACGGAAGAUUCUGUGACAACAUCUGAACCUGACGUGGACGAGAAGAUCCCAGAAGAUGAGCAAGGCUCGACUGUAUUUUUUUCCAAUGUGCGUUUCACAGAACCCCCCAUUAGGAACAGACCUGGGCGGCAAAGCGAUCCUCAGAGCCGUCGUUCAUCCUUCGACACCAUGCACUCCACAGACAGCCAGUCACUUGGAUUAACACAUAGUAUUUCGACUGGACCACCUCGAAGGCAAUCAGUGGAGUCUAUCGAGCUUGGUCCCGAGGAAAGGCGAAGAAAAUCCUUCUUAACCGGGUCAAAUCGUGGCGGCCUCAUCAGAUCGUCGAAGCAUGGCAGGUUGACUAGAAACCGAAGCUAUUCGGGAGACGACGAUACUCCGAUGAAUGACGUACCAGUGGUUAAAAUUAGGGAUUUUGCCAAUCCUUUGGCUGUGGCAUUGGAAAAAGAGUCCACGGAGGAUUCCGGGAACGAACACGGCUCAAGAUUUCGAAGAUUGGGAUUUGGAGACUUUACCAAUGAAACGAUAUCGGAAGCCGACGAAGAUAUCGAUGACGCCGAUUCCCAAUUCAGGCCUGAGGACGAAGUAGGACCGGACGAGGAAGAUAUUGACGAGGAAGGCUGGCAAGAUGCGUCACGACAGUCCUCACAUCGCAUGAAUGGCAAUUCAACACGACGGAAGUCAGAUACUCCUCCAACGACUUCGAGCAGUUCAAGAACGAGCAGAGGACACCCACAGGUCGAGAGACUUGCAGAAAAUGCUGGUCAAACAUCCACGUCAGAAAUAGGGGCCAAUGCUGGGGCAGCAAAGUACUCUGCCUAUCGGGCUGACCAUGACCCUCAGAGAUCUGCUUACGCCCGGAACAGCAAAGACAAACGGUUGAGUCUGCGCGAGGUGCGCGGCGUCGACAACGAGACGAAUUACAACCUGCAGCGCGUUAUUCCAUCAUUUACAGACCGCAAGGGAUCCUAUGCGUACAAGUUUGGUGAACUUCUGGAGGACAUCGACGCGCAGUCGUCGGUAAACUCUCUUUGCAUCGAGGAUUACCUAAAAAACAGCGAAAAGCAUUUCUUCGGGAGGUACGCCCGGGCUCAACUUGGUCUACCCUCUUCCACAUCCUCUCAAGCGCCGCGUGGCCCGCAACCACGACCGCAUUUGCAAACAGAAAAGGACUCGACGCCUAUGCCGCCGCUUUUGCCCAGUUCUCCCGCAGCGGCAAUCGGCGCCGGUCGACGCCCGACUCUGCAUCGGAUAGAUUCAGCUAUGCCUGACAGUUCUUCAAGCUCUGAGGGAACCAAGGCCGGAAUGUCCGAUAUCGACGACACGGCCAAUCCAAUGGCGCUUGUCCGACGAGACACCGUCUUCAACUUGGGCAAGGACUACAUCGCACCCCGGGGCAUCCCUCGCAUCCUCCAAAGAAAGGUGAUUGGGGACUGGCAAGUGUACGCAUUGCUGCUGGCACUGGGCCACAUACUCUCGGCAAACUCAUAUCAAAUCACCCUCUUGCAAGGCCAACUCGGCCAGACCACCACGCGGGCAUACGUGAUAGGAUGCAUCUACCUGUCCGCCAGUCUAGGGUGGUGGGUAAUAUACCGCUCCGUGCAGUCCCGGUACGUCCUGGCACUCCCGUGGUUCUUUUACGGACUCGCAUUCUUCCUCAUCGGCAUGGGCCCCUUUGCGAACUACCUCGACGGCACACGCGGGUGGUUGUUUUCGUGCGCGACGGGCUUCUACACCAUCGCGGCCGCGAGCGGGAGUCUGUUCUUUUCCUUGAACUUCGGCACCGAGGGAGGGACUCCAGUGUCGACGUGGGUUCUGCGCGCGUGCGUCAUCCAGGGGAUCCAACAGCUGUACGUGGCGGGACUGUGGCGGGCGGGCGCGAGCUUGAUCGAAAUUAACGCCCGUACGACUCUGGGCAGGACCGACGACAAUCCCACGGGGCUUUUGACGUCGGAUUCUACCCUGACUGCCAUCACGGUCCCGAUUGCCGCGGUGCUGUGGACGGUCGGUGCGCUUCUGUACAUCGGCUUGCCGUCCUACUACCGCCAACGGCCGGGCCACAUUCCGAGCUUCUACGCGUCGUUGCUGCGCCGCAAGGUCGUGCUGUGGUUCUUCGUCACCGUCGUCCUGCAGAAUUACUUCCUCUCGACCGUGUACGGGCGCAACUGGCGGUACCUGUUCAGUUCGCAGCACGCCCCGGCUUGGGCCGUCGGGCUGAUGAUGGUCGGCUUCUUCGUGGGCGUGUGGGCCGUCAUCAUGUACUUUCUGUACGUCGUGUCCCUGGAGCACAGCUGGGUCCCGCCCAUCCUGGGCGUCUGUCUGGGUGCGCCGCGCUGGUGCCAGGAGCUGUGGGCCGUCAGUGGAGUUGCCGCUUUCGUGCCAUGGGGAGCCAACGACGUCGGCGGAGCGAUGCUCGGUCGCGCGCUGUGGCUUUGGCUGGGCGUGCUGGAUGAACUGCAGGGCGUGGGCUUGGGCAUGACUCUGCUCCAGACCCUGCCUAGGUUCCAUGUCGCUGCGACCCUGAUCGGGUGCCAGAUCAUAGGGAGCGUCGCGACCAUCGUGGCCAAGGCAAAGUCUCCUGUGCAGCGGGGGCCCGGGGACGUGUUUCCCAACUUUGCCAUCGAUCCGAGCUGGGGCCUGACCAGGGCUUGGUUUUGGAUCGGUCUGUUUGCGCAGAUCAUUGUGUGUGUUGGGUUCUUGAAGUUUUUCAGAAGGGAGCAGUUGUUCAAGCCUUGA